AUUUCUUUUUAUUUUCUAUUUUUUCGGUCAACUGGAUUGUCUGUAAAAUGAGACGGCGCUGAAGCUUAGGAUAAUAACAGUCAGAUGCUGUGGCGGAGGCUGGAUGAUGGAAGUUGGGUGUGCUGUUGGGUGCGACCACCCAUAUGUGUGAGAAACGGGCAGCAUGUGAGGCUGUUCUCAGUCUAAAUAUAAUGCCAUCCAUCUCUCCCCGAAAGGAAGACCUGAGCCGCCGCUUUUCCAUCACACACAAGAGUCGAUUGAUGUGGAGGAUAUUAUCCGCUCGGCUUCACUCGGUUAUUGCAUCUGCCUCCGCACACACACACACACACACACACCGUAUAUAAGCUUAUUGCCUCCUAUCCUCUUGCGGUACGGCAUCACACAGCAACUGGGCCAUUUUCUAUCUUUUUUCCAUCCGCAGGAAGGAAGGAAGAAGACUGAUUUGCUCGCUCGACCGUGCAGGUGCGUUUUCUCUGCUGCUGUGCAAGGAAAAGCUUUUUCUCUAUCCUCAACCAUCAGCCUCUUUGUGGAGAAAUGUGUCAACCUGCACAAGCAAGCCGUCCGCGUUUGAAGCCAAGAUGAUGGCGGUAUGCUGUCGGCAGGAGGAGGAGUGCAUCUAAACGCGUCCAAUGGUGUUAUAGAGGGGAGCGGGAGCAGCCGCUUUGUCGACGCUCCGCCCUUUCGUGUGCGCCACGCUCAGACACUGGCACAUGUUAGAUCACACACACACACAACCACUUUGUCCGAUCCCUCAUCACUUUUGUGCCGUGGCAGCUCGCCGCUGUGUCUCAGUCGUCGCCCAGCUGUCUGCCAGGAUCGCAUCGACUUGUCGCUCUACUUAAUACCCAAAUAAAUCAGUUAAUUACAAUAAUAAGUGCUGGAACGCAUUCAAAACAGAAUGACCAUGGACACGACGAUGGAGAGCGGCCGUGAAUCCAACAGCAUCCCGAAGAAUCAGACGACGCCUAAACGCAGUUUCGACGUGGCGUUUUUGACGGGCGUCAGUGAAAGUCAUCGCUACCACAACAACAAUCAAGUCAGUUCGGACGAAGACGAUCAGGAAGAAGAUUUGAGAUGUGCGGCCAAGAAAUCCAUCGAAGAUAAACCGACGAUCCACAGCAAAUUGCAGCAGCAGCAGCAAACGUCGGUCGUGAGCGGAUCGCCGAAAAGCGCGUUCAAAAAAGUGAGCAAAAUCAACCACAACAACAACAACAACACGGCGGAAACGAGCGCAAGUAGCAGCAGUGCUGGCGGAACGGGUAACAAUCUCCCGGUGGAUUUGAGCAUGAUGAUGUCGGCUGCUGCAGCGGCAGCUUCCUCCGCACCUCCCUAUUACCACCCGUUCUCAUUCCCGGCCAUUGCAACCACUUUGUCGUUGCAAUUACUGCAACAAAACAAUGCGGCCAAAGGAUUGGCCAUGUCCUUGUUCAGUCAUCCAGCUGCGGCGGCGGCUGCAGCCGCAAUGGCCGCUCAUCAGCAGUCCUUCUUCCAGCAGCAGCAGCAGCAGCAACAACAUCCGCCCAUGAAAUCCGGCGGUGGUGGUGGUGGCAACAAUCUUUUACAUCCGUCUAGGGCGACAGACCGGCGUCCAGAUGGAGCCAAUAAUCUCAUUGAGGAUUACCUACGAGCCCAAGCUUCGCUCUAUCAACAUCAAUCCGAGAAGGAUUUCAACCUCUUCCCGGCUAAUAACAAGACUAUGCGCCACGCUGAUUCUUCGGCAGCUACUUAUUGUCCUCCUACGUUCCAUUCCGCGAUGGAUCAUCGGCUUUCGCGGCCUAAUUCUUCCAGCAUGGCACCUCCUCCACCGCCUCCGCCACCCCCAGCUGCUCCUACACCGACGACUCCGCAGUCUCAACAGCAAUCCGUUUCUUCGUCGCCAAUCCAUCAGAUUCCAGCGGCAGCUCUAGCGGCCAGUUUGGCAUCGGCGCCAUCGCAGAACGUUUGCGCAAAGUGCAACCUCAGUUUCCGCAUGACGUCCGACCUCGUCUACCACAUGAGGUCGCAGCACCGGCGUGACGCCAACACCGAUCCCGUCCGCCAAAAGCGACAGGAGAAAUUGCGAUGUCCCGUCUGCGGAGAAAAUUUCCGCGAACGGCACCACCUGACAAGACACAUGACCUCGCACGAAGACCGUGAACUUGAAACCAAGUGAUUAUUUUUAUUUUAAAUUUUUGGUUUUCCUGAUUUUUCUCUGCGUUUGGUGACUACUGAUUUGUUUCGACUAUAAAUCCUUUUCUCCCCGCUAAAUAUCUGUGAAAAAUUCGAUAUUGUAUUUUCUAUUUAAGUGCUUCAUUUGUGUUUCUUCGUUUUUUUUUUGUUUGAGAUUAAUUGUUGGUUUGACACACUGUAACAUAUUGGAAAAAGAAAUAAGUUAAUUUCUUCGAUUUUUACGUUUUUGUUUUUAUCCCUGCCAAAGACAUUCAUCAGAAUUAUCUCAGACGAACCGGGUUUGCAUGCAUUUUUUAAAACUUAUUUAUUGGCCUCUCUAUUAUUGACAAUUGUGCACCUAAUUGAAUAACCCAAAUCACGAUUGUGUCUAAAUAUAGUCAAUUCAAACUUUAUCCUUAAUAACUUGUUGUUGGUGUGUAUUCAUUCCGUGAAAUUGGUAAU